CACACACACACACACAAAGAGGAUGAGCAGUUCGAAUGGUUGUAUAUGCACUCCAGCAGCCGUGCCUCUCUCUGCCUGAUAGCUCCACACCCCUUAAACAGCGACGCUGCAGUGCAUCAACCCUCUCCCCAUCCUCAGCACUCUCACACACACACACACACAACAGGAUCGCCUUACUCCUGUUUCCGCUUCAGUCACAGUCAAGCCCGGAGCUGGACCACACCGAUUUGCUGUCGUCCUCGCUCGCUGCUCCAAUUGGCAAGUGGACCACAACGGGCAGAGAGAGAGAGAGAGAAAUCACAGUAUUCUGCCGCCUCGGUUGCAUCUUCUCCUCCGUCUUCUGCACUCCUCAGUUAACCCAGACCUGUCAUCAUCAUCAUCAUCAUCAUCAUCUGUGAAGAGGCCGAACCCAGGCGACAGAGUCUCUCUGAUCCUCCACUUCCCUCUUCCUUUCUGGGUGGGCAUCAGCUGAAGCAAUUAGGAUAUGGUGGGUGACCCUCUCCUCUCCCACCAACCCCAUCCCCCUCCUUUCCUUAUCCUGUGUAGAAGAUAGUCUCUGGUGAAUGAGACAGCCUACUGCCAUUGUUCAGUCUCUUUUUUAUUUGAAAGGAUAAUGAUUGCUCACAUAUUUGAAGUUCAAUGCCAACAAUAAGGUCAUCAAACUGACCGUGUACAUGAUCUUUGGGAAAGUGGUGCUUCCACUGCAUUGCAGCUGGCAGUUAGAGAGGGAACAGGAUUAUUUAGGAGAGCAGCAGUUUUCUUUGACGUUGUUUCUAAUUUUAAUUUGUUGUUGCACUAUUAACAAUGUCACACGAUCGGAGUAUCGAGCUGGAGCACUUUGAGGAAAGGAGCAAGGGCCACCGAUCUUCCCGGCGUGGAAGUGGUACCGGAGGAGGAGCAGGAGCAGGAGGAGGUGGUGGUGGUGGUGGAGGAGGUUCAGGCUCCCGGGGAAAUGGUAUACCGAGCCCAGCUCACAGCGCUCACUGCAGUUUCUACCGGACCCGGACCCUGCAGGCGCUGAGUCAGGAGAAAAAAGCCAAAAAAGUCCGUUUUUACCGGAAUGGAGACCGUUACUUUAAAGGGCUCGUGUAUGCUGUCUCCCCGGACCGGUUCAGGUCGUUAGAUGCUUUGCUUGCGGAACUGACUAAGUCUCUAUCAGACAAUGUCAACCUGUCCCAAGGAGUCAGGACUAUCUAUAGCAUUGAUGGAAACAAGAAGAUCACCAGCUUGGAUGAAUUGCUGGAAGGAGAAAGCUAUGUUUGUGCAUCCAAUGAGCCAUUUCGGAAAGUAGACUAUGCGAAGAACGUUAAUCCAAACUGGUCAGUCAAUAUCAAAGCAGGAACAUCCCGCUCUCUUUCAUCACUGACAUCAAGAGGUGAAGGGAAAGAAUCGAAGGAUUUUAUCAGGCCCAAGCUGGUGACCGUUAUCCGCAGUGGUGUAAAACCACGGAAAGCUGUGAGGAUUCUUCUCAAUAAGAAGACAGCGCAUUCAUUCGAGCAGGUGUUAAAUGACAUUACAGACGCCAUCAAGUUAGAUUCUGGAGCAGUCAGAAGGCUAUACACACUUGAUGGAAAGCAGAUCGUUUGCCUCCAGGAUUUUUUUGGGGACGAUGAUGUCUUUGUUGCAUGUGGUCCGGAAAAGUAUCGCUAUGCCCAGGAUGACUUUUUACUGGACAGCAGUGAGUGUCGGGUGAUGAAAUCAUCGUACUCGCGUUCUGGUAGCGCCUCACGACAUUCUGGAUCAAGAAGUCCCGGGCUAACUCGCCGAAGCAGAUCUCCUGCAUCAGUUAAAAGAGGAGGUUACUACACAGCUUUCUCUCCAGUCAAAUCCCCAGUGAAUGGAACUCCAAGCAGUCAGCUGUCAACACCCAAAUCCACAAAGUCAUCGAGCUCCUCCCCAACCAGCCCUGGCAGCUUAAGAGCUCACAAGAUUAUUCACCAGAUAGGUUUGUCCACCAAUGUGAAUGGAGUAUCUCAACAAGCCAAUGGCAUCAGUCCAGAAGGUUUGAAUGGAAAUAGAUCCUUGUCAGCUUCAACUAUUCUUGAUAAAUAUAAAGUUGGGAAGGUGAUUGGAGAUGGGAAUUUUGCCGUUGUUAAAGAAUGUGUGGAACGAUCCAGUGGCAAGGAGUAUGCACUGAAAAUAAUUGACAAGGCCAAGUGCAGUGGGAAGGAGCACUUAAUUGAGAAUGAGGUGGCAGUGCUGAGGAGGGUUAAACAUCCCAACAUCAUCAUGUUAAUUGAAGAAGUAGACACACCGACAGAGUUGUACCUAGUAAUGGAGUUAGUCAAGGGUGGAGACCUGUUUGAUGCCAUUACAUCAUCAACUAAGUACACAGAACGGGAUGCUAGUGCCAUGGUGUACAACCUCGUUUCUGCACUCAAAUAUCUGCACAGCCUGAACAUUGUACACAGGGACAUCAAGCCGGAAAACUUGUUGGUUUGUGAAUAUGCAGAUGGAACUAAGUCCUUGAAACUGGGUGACUUUGGUCUGGCAACUGUGGUGGAUGGGCCCCUGUACACAGUGUGUGGUACACCAACAUACGUCGCUCCAGAGAUCAUCGCAGAGAGCGGAUAUGGAUUAAAGGUUGACAUUUGGGCAGCAGGAGUCAUUACAUACAUCCUCCUGUGUGGCUUCCCCCCAUUCCGCAGUGAGAACAAUGUCCAGGAAGACUUGUUUGACCAGAUUCUUGUUGGACGACUGGAAUUUCCCUCUCCUUACUGGGAUAGUAUCACCAACUCUGCGAAAGAAUUGAUUAGCCGAAUGUUGCAGGUGAACAUUGAAGCCCGGUUCACAGCUGAGAAGGUUCUGACUCAUCCAUGGGUGGCUGAUGAUACAGCACAAGAGCGAGACAUGCAGGUAGCUGUAACUGGAAAAUUGAGAAAGCACUUUAACCCUGUGGCAAAGCAGAGCAACAGUCCUGCUGGGGUCAGUGUUAUAAUGAUGCAGCAAGAAGUGCAGUGCAAUGAUUAAUAUCCUUUAUGGACACUAGAAGAUCAUAAGUUUGAAGUAUAAGAGGGAGAGGGUGAGGAGCUCCAGUCCUCAUACUGAGACAAUGGACUAACCUGGAACGACACCAUGGUGUAGAACGCAGUUCCCUAGCAGGGUGAUCAUUCACUAACUCCCAGCCGGUUCGAAUUUGCAUGGCCUGUUGCCUUGUGCCUCACAGCUCUUUUUAAAGCUUUCUCAGCUCACACAAGGCAGAACUUUUCAUGGUGUGGAUUCAGGCUGAUGCUGCUAUUUAAGGGAGAGCACACAUUUUUCUUGUCUGUUGCUUGUACUGGAUUAAGUUCACCUCAGACUCACUCAAGAAUCAAAAUUUCUGGACUGCUGAAUACUUGACAGGAACAUCUGAAAAAAUCUACUACAUAAUAGACCUCAUGCUCUUGAUUUGAAAGCCAAAAGCAUACUUCAUAACUGUACAUGGACAAGAAUUGGUUUUAAGAUAAGCACCGGUAUUAAAAUUCUUCAGAAAUAACAGAAGAAACCAAGAACUUCCAAAAAAGGAAGACAACCUGACAUUAUUUCGUGGGCAGAGUGAUCUUUGAGUGCCAUCUGGUGUUAGCAAAGCUGAAUUGCUACAGAUGCUAUGUCAAAAGCUUUGCUAAAGAUUCUUUGCUUUCCACUAAACCUAUGACCCUUAUUUCAUAAAUGUUUAAUUUAGCCCUGAUUGUUAGAGUGCUUUUGCAUUAUGUAUUAUGUUCAUGUGAUGCUUGGUUCUCUAAGAUAUGAUUAUGUGAUCAGUGAUUUUUUUUUAAUUGCAGGUUUAUCUAUUAGCUAGUAAAUAUAAUUGCACUCCAUCUUCAUUAAAGCACAGUUCUUGAGAGCCAAGUAUUUUGCAUGUUGCAACAAGAUAUGAGCUGUAAUAAUUGUCCUUUAGUACAGCACAGAAGAGAGUCAGAUACUUCAGGAGGGGCUGCUUCACCCAGAAUCACUUAAAAUGUUUUAAACGGCUGCCUGUUUCCAUCGACAAAUCUUCUAAAAUAAAAUCUGUGCGAAUAAUUGGCACGAUGUAAGUACAAAACAAAACAUGACCAAAAUUGGGUAACUUUCCCACUCCAGUUUUGCUACCAACAGUAGAAAUACGUCGAGGUUUAUGUAUUCAUUGAAAUGUCUGAGUUGGAAUCCAUAAUCGACAAGUUGUACGAUGAAUUGAUUUGAAAAAGUAAUUUGCAGCCACGUUUGUGGUGUGUU